AUGGCGAGUGUUGAACAGGCGAGGAAAAACAUUGGUUGUCCUGAAAAGUGGAAGAAGAGAGAAUUGGACCCAGGUGUGGACUACUUAAUCAAUGCUGACAGCCAUAUGGGAUUUAAGUGUAGAAGGAAGGUGUUCAAUGUUUGCUUUGAUAAUGACAUGGCCGCACAUGACAUCAUCCUACAGGAUGCGCUGGAUGACUGGCGCGAGAAGAAGACUAUUUCUACAUAUGGAUGGGCUCAUCUCAAUGACCUUGGUCCCUCUCUCGUCAUGCCCAACUCAAUGCUUGACAGAAUCAUUGACUGUGCACAUUACUACAAGCUGAACAGUGUGCAUGAUGUGAAGAAGGAGACAGGCUGGAUGGAUGCUGACAAGUUCAGUGCUGAGAUUGUUGCACUUGUUCAAAGGCAUGCUCUGCCUGUCGCAUCCCCUUGUGCUAGGACGCCUCUAAGACCCCAUCUAUCCAGUCAUGUAAAUGUUCCAUUGCCACUACCAUCUCCUUGUCCAGCCCCGAGAACGAACACUACAAAGCGCAAGAUCAAGUGCAGUGCCUGUAAUCAGGAAGGACACAACGGUACAUCAUUUAUUUUAUUUGUCGGAGAGCUGUAA